UAUUGAAUCUUUGUAUUCAAGUUAGAUUAGUCGAUGUACCAAUUAAAUUCGAAAAAUUGUAAACAAUUGUUUGGAUAAAAAAUAGCAAUAUAGAGUGAUGUUUGAAAGGAAUAUUGAUUGUGCACGUUUCACAAAUGGAGAUGCCAGUGAAGUAUGGUAUAACUGUUGGACACGACAAUGUAGAAAAAGCAGGUUUAUAUUUAUAUUCAUCAUAUGAUCGAUUUGAAGGUUGCCAUAAGAUUCCUGGGCAUUUAUGGCAGCUAACUCUGGCUAACUACAAGGAUGAAUUCGGGAACAAGUUUUUUUUAGGUCGGCCAAGACCACACGUAACACUACAAAGACGACACAAAUAUAAGAGCCAGAACAUAGCACGUGUGUUAGCUUGGACUUUGGAACGGGAAAGACUCCGUCAACGUUCACUCACUCACUCAUUCAUUUAUAAUAAAUGAACACACACAAGUGAAUAAUGCAAAUAAAAACCAACGGAAUUAUAUCAUUUGUGAUAUUUUCAAGAAAAGGAGAACAAUGUUAAUAAAAUAAAAUAAACUUGG